AUGUGCCCCACCCGGGAGUUGGUGAUUCAGGUCGAGCAGACCCUGACGACACUUCUGAAGUUCGCGCAAUUCCUGACGGUCGGGGCUAUCCACGGUGGGGAGAAUCGCCAUAAAGAAAAGUCCCGACUUCGAAAGGGCGUCCCGCUGCUGAUCACAACCCCUGGUCGGUUGUUGGAUCACCUCAAGACGACCGUCUCGUUUAACGUUUCGAAUGCGCGAAGCCUCAUCAUGGAUGAGGCGGAUCGGCUGUUGGAUUUGGGCUUUGAAAAGACCAUCCGCGAGAUCAUCGAACUUUUGGGGACGCGAUGUGCCGAUAUGACGAGCUUGAAGCGGGUCCUCGUCUCCGCCACGAUCACGGAGGGGGUGGAGCGGCUGUCACACUUCGCGCUUCGCCCUCGGAUCACGCGCAUUGGGGAGACACAGGACACCUUCACGAUCCCGGCGACGCUUCGGCAGCAUGUGAUGGUGGUCCCCACCAAACACCGCCUGGCCGUUUUGAUCAGCUUUUUGCGAGCGCAGCUGGAUGCGGGGGCGAACAAGAUUGUCGUCUUCGUUUCGACUGCGGAUAGCACGGAAUUUUUGUACUACCUGCUCUCACGCUUGGAGUCUCCGUUUAUCCGGCGAGGCCACGAAGGCAAGGUGGAGAUACGUAAGAGUCACUCAAAGAACUACAAGAAGAUUUUGGAAGCGGGGAAUCAGCAUUUACAUGAUCCGAGCGAGGAGGUUAUCACUUUUGACGAAGACAGCGAUAACGACUCGCAAGGGCCUGGGAUAGAUAUGAAGAUGUCGCUUCGCGCGAUGCUCGACGUGAACGUCUUUAAAUUACAUGGGAACAUGUCGCAGGUGGAUCGCGCUUCGGUCUUUCACGCCUUUAAAUUCGGCAAUGCCGACAAGAAAAGCCAAAAAGGUGUGCUUUUCUGCACUGAUGUCGCCGCCCGUGGGCUUGAUAUGCCUCUUAUUGACUGGAUCGUUCACUACGACCCCCCGACAGAUCCCACUGGCUACGUCCACCGGAUCGGGCGAACCGCCCGAAUUGGGAAAAGCGGCAACUCAAUUCUCUUUUUGGCACCUCAUGAGGAAGGCUAUGCACGCUAUCUUUCCAAUUUUAUCGGCAGUGGUGGGCAGGAGGGGGCGCAUGUCGGUCCUGAGGACGAUAAGCCUCAGCUUAUGAGCGAGAAGAAACACGAAACUUACCUGUUUUAUCUUACAAAGCUGGAUCCCGGAUCGAAUCACAUGUGGAUGUACUCUACGGCGAAGUUAGAGAGAGCAAUAACGCAUCUCGUGAUGCAUCAGUCGUCCAACGAAGGCGCAAGCCGUGCGGAGAGGACAGAAAACUUAUCCCGCCUUGCGUUUUUUGCGUAUCAGUCAUAUGUCCGUUCCUACGCUGGCAUACCUAAAGACCUCAAACAUCAGUUUUUUUCCUCCUCUGAUCUUCAUUUAGGCCAUUUAGCGCAAAGCUUCGGGAUCGAAAAGAGUCCGACGGAAGUUCAGCAGCAGCUGCAGAGAUAUGUUCGUGAGGAUCGCGCCUUGGGGCGGAGAGCUCAAAAGCGUAUUGCACCAAGCGGAGGUGACAAUGGUGAAGGAGGACAGGGAAAGGCAAAACGUGAACGCAUCAAAUUGGAUCACGAGGGUCGUUACCACAGUAUGCUUGCCCAGAAACAGCGUAAGACAACACGCGAUUAUGAGGAGAAACGGCGCGCAGAAGCACCUCGAAUCCGGCCUUUACAAUUUACGGAAUUUGAUGCUUAA